AUGGCUUCUCAACGCCCUCACCCUUACAACAACCCCGGCUAUCUUCCCAACGGCAGCGCAGGACAUACUGGCUUGCCACCAGGAGCCGCACCUCUUCUCCCCAACAACGGACGCGUAAUUCAGACCGGUGGUGUCAGAGUGCUCUGCGUGGCAGACGUUCGGGGAAACCUUAGAUCGUUGAACGACCUCGCAAAGCAAGCUCGCGCAGACCACAUCAUACACACUGGCGACUUUGGUUUCUACGACAACACAUCUCUGGAUCGUAUUGCUGAAAAGACCCUCAAGCACGUCGCGCAAUAUUCACCCCUCAUCUCGGAGCCCGUAAAGAAGGCGAUUGGAGCUCCUGGAGGACCCGUGAAGCAGAGAUUCAAUCCGAACGAGCUCCCUCUGUCCGAACUCCCACAAUUCCUUGAUGGCAGUCUGAAACUCGAUGUUCCGGUCUACACGGUCUGGGGUGCUUGUGAAGAUGUGCGCGUAUUGGAGAAAUUUAGAUCUGGAGAGUACAAGGUCGAAAAGCUGCACAUCAUUGACGAGGCACGCUCCAUGCUGCUAGAAAUCGGUGGCGUCAAGUUGCGACUCUUGGGGCUCGGUGGGGCGGUUGUUAUGCACAAGCUAUUCGACAAUGGUGAGGGACGAACAACGAUUGCCGGUGGACAAGGCACUAUGUGGACAACACUUUUACAGAUGGGUGAGCUGGUCGAUACUGCGAAUCGUGUAUACGAUCCUACAGAAACUCGAAUCUUCAUUACACAUGCUUCACCUGCCCGGGAAGGUAUCUUGAACCAGCUGUCUGUUACGCUCAAGGCCGACUUCUCGAUCUCCGCCGGUCUCCAUUUCAGAUAUGGAAGCUCCUACAACGAAUUCAGUGUCAACCCUACAUUGGAUCACUACCGCGGAAAGCUGGCUGCCUCGAAGGCAUCUUUCAACGAUGUAUGGGAGACGGUCAAGAGCGAGGUUCAGCCUGCCAUCUCGGCAAACGAAGCUCAACAAGGUCUUCUGAACAAUGCACUUGGAAUAGUCGAGAAGAUGCCAAGCACUGCUCUUGGUGGGAACCCCUUCGGAGGACCAGUUGGAGGAGCCAAUUCGGCGGCCGUUGGACAAGUCGACGAGAGUGCUUUCAAAAACAUGUGGAACUUCAACUUGGCAGAUGCAGCGUUUGGAUGGUUGGUCCUGGAGGUCCAAGACGGUCGCAUUGGCACGGAGAUGAGAGCACAGGGAUUCAACUUCGCACACAGAGGCGCAAAGCAACACCCAGCCCAAGCCAACCAGCAACCAGCAUCUCAGGCUCCCUCAACUGGAUCUGGAACUCCUGGAACAAGCCAUGCGGUUGCAGCUGCGGCUCCGCCUACUGGACCAGCACAGAGACCUCCGCCCGCUCAACCUGUUCAGUCAUUCAACCAGCGUGGUCCUCAACAGCAACCACCUAGAGGACCAGCUGUUCCCGACAUCAAAUCAGAGUCGCCAGCUCCCCAACAGAAGUCAGCAACCCCCCAGCCUCCGACCAACGUGGUAAACCUUCCCGGACCAGGUGACAAGAAGGAGAACGAGAAGGCCUCGACCAACGGAAAUGGAACCAAUGGAGCCGAUCCAACCUCGCCAGUUACUAAGCCAGCCGGUGAGCCGAUCAUUGGCCUCUUUAUCAUGAACGUGACCUCAGAUGAGGCUGUUCGGGAUCUGUUUAAGGACGAGGAUAAGGAAAAGAUCUUGAAGAUUGAAAAAUGGGGCAAUUCUAACAAGGUCGCACACUUCAAGACUCUGGAGGAGAGAGACAAUAUCCUUGCGGGCCUACCAGACGACGUUAAGUCGCGAACUGGAGAAGACCGAAGCCGCCCUCUCGUUAAGAUCUUUCAACCAAAAGAGCCCAGCAGACCAUUCUCGAGUAACCGCGGCGGAGCUGGAAACUGGGGCAGCAGCAGAGGCAGCAACAACUCGGGCAACCUCCAAGGCGGAUACCGAAGCGGUGGUGCGAGCGAUAGUGAAGGUGGACGAGGAGGACGUGGGGGACGCGGUGCUCCAAGAGGUGCACGUGGCGAGGGUCGUGGACGAGGAAGAGGCCGUGGUUUCGGAGGAAAGGAUUCGCCGGCACUGUCGAACGCCACUCCUGCCGCAGCUGGUGAUUCUUAA